AUGAAAGGUUUUCUGACAACCGAUGAGCUUCGAUUAGCUACAAAAACAGUGAUAAAAAAUGUCCAAGAAUCAUAUUUUCCUCAAGAGCUCUCUUAUUUAAAAACAUCGAGAGAAUUAAAAGGUGUGAGCAGCCGAGUAAUACAAUUAACUCCCUUCCUUGAUGAAGAAGGCGUCAUUCGAGUAGGUGGUCGCUUAAAAAAUGCAAACAUUCCUGAAAAUAGCAAACAUCCUAUUUUGCUUCCAAAGGAAGGACAUGUCACUAAUCUCAUCGUAACUCAUUACCAUGUCAAUUAUUUGCAUGCUAAAAUCGAGGAAGACUGUGACCCAGAUAAUGGGUGUGAUUUACCCUCGCCCAGAGUUCAACCAUCAAGACCUUUUGCAGUCACCGGUGUUGUUGAUUAUGCUGGUCCAUAUUCUAUUAAGUCCCAAGUUGGGAGAAGAACAGCUAAAACAAAAACUUUCAAGUGUUACAUAUCCAUUUUUGUGUGUUUUCUCAAAACAAAAGCUGUACACUUGGAGUUAGUCAGUGAUUUAUCAACUUCAACGUUUUUAGCAGCUCUAAAACGAUUUAUCGCCCGACGAGGCAAACCAUCUAAAAUUUCGAGUGACUGUGCUACUAACUUCAAAGGUGCUAGUAAGGAACUGAAGGAGAUUUAUAAAAAUGCAGCUCGCAUUGAGAAAAGCAGUGAAUUAUGUGACUACAUUACCUCAGAAGGUAUAACUUGGUUAUUUAAUCCUCCGACAUCUCCUCACUACGGUGGCUUGUGGGGAAUCUAA